UGGUUGAUUUUUUGCACACACGUAAGAAUCCUGUUGUAUUUUAAAAUUAAUGUAUUUUAAAAUUAAAAUACUGUAGCUGCUACCAAACCAAGUAGGAUAUUUUCCAUAUCACUUCCUUGUAAAUAAAUUUAUUUCCUAGUUUAUUGAAUUUAAAGAAAAGCAAAUAUUUUCUUAAAAACGUUAUUUCAGUUGUAGCUAUUUGUUCCAGUUAAAAAUGUAUAUUGGAUGCAGUGUAAUAGUUUAAAUAUGCAACAUUUGCACUUCUAACACCAGCUUUAAAUGAUAGAAGUGUUGUAUAUAUAUAUAUAUAUAUUAUAUGGUGUGUAUAUAUUUUUUAUUGAUGCAUUUCAUUAAACGCUAUAAUAAUUAAAUGUACCCAUGUAUGAACCAAAGUUGCAUGAGCUAAUAAAUAUUUGCAUACAGAACAUGAACUUAAGCUUUGUAUAAUACUGACAUACGCAAACAUAUACAUUAUAUUACAUUUAGGGAUACAUGCUGUCUAUGUUAUUGUUUUGCUGUUAACUUAGAUCCUGUUUGUUAUACAGUUUGAAAAGUGAAAUACUUAUUUGUGCAAUGUGUAGAAGAAAUAUUUCUUACAUCUAUUAUAUAUUAUAUUUUUAUUUAUAUUGGUUAUAUUUUUACUUAAAUUAUAAUAUCCUUUGCAGGUGCAGAGAAAUGUCUACCGGUGACAUCAAAAACAACCUACGAAAACUCAAGAAUGAGCUCAAAAAAGCGCACUACGCGGAAGUGUUAGAUUUGGAAAACAUGGUUGUUGGUGUCACAACUGCUUGGUUACCUGUUCUUCAUUAUUUAUUUGCAGAAUAUUCUAUUGAACUAACAUCUUAUUUUUCAAGCAAAGGUUAUGAGUUCUAUGGAAAAAGUGAUUUGAGAUUCCUUGAAGUUGUAUACAAGAUUUUAAUUCAGGAAUUUGGUGUUAAACCAAUGUUGACCAAGGAGCAGUUUUUCACCAUUGGCUAUGCUGAAGUUAAAGUCAUCUUUGUAACGAAGAUUGUUACCCUAUGCGUAAAGAAAAAUGAAGAAAUUUUGUUGAAAAUUGGCAAAAAGAAGCCAAGAAAAAGUAAAAUUACUACUAAAAGCAACAUUGUUUUGAAUCAUGUUACUAAUAAAGGCUCUGAUGUGCAAUGUAUUGAUCUCACCACCACAGAAAAAACAUCCAAUUUAAACACAGUGUAUGAUCCUAGACUUAAGCAGCAGCCAACACUGCCUCUCCCUAAUCCAGAUUUAGCCUUGACCCCAAUGAAAUCAAUUUCAAAACAAGUGAAAAAUUCAAAUGAGAAUAAUAGUAAACAAUUUUUUUGUGAUGAUUUACUAGAUGUGACUGAGCUAGAACCGGAUGAUCUUUCUAGUUCUGUUGUUGAAAUUGUAGAACCUGAAGAAAAUCAGCUACCAAAGUUUACCAUUACAAAACAUGAUGAUGUUGAUUUCAAAGUUGUAUCCUCUGGUAAUGCACCAAAUCACCAACUACCAGAAAUAGAAUUUUCAUUGCCAAAAUAUACUGGGUCCCCAAGAGAAAUGAAAGUAAAAGUAGAGCCUUGUCACAUGAAGUGCUGCUCUUGUGACGCCAAUGCCAGUCUUAUGGAUAAGUUGAUGAAACGAAUGGCAAACAUGGAAAAAAACUUUCAUGAUUUGCUAACUGUUAACAGUGAAUUAUCAGCAAGGUUGAUUUUAAUGGAAACAAAAGUCAAGAUGAUGGAAAGUUCAUUGAAAGAACCUCAACAAGAGAAGCAAGAGCUGCAGAAAGAAAGUGAAGAAGAAAGCAACAAGUCCCAAAAAAAUGACGAACCCGCUUUAUCAGUUUAUAAAUCACAGAAAAAAGAAUAUUCGCCAGUGAAAUACACAGGCGAUGAGGUUAUUAUCAAGGGUUUUAAACCGAUACGUUUGAGUGAUGUUUGCAAUUUGAAUGAAGAUGAUGCUCUUUCUUACAACAAAGAAAAUAUUUCUAUUAGACAUGCAGAAUUUGCUGGUAACAUUGGAAAUGGUGAUAACUUGAAUGAUUUCCAUGAUAGUAUAUUGCAGGAUUUGUUAAAUGUCAGUCAUGGUUUCAAUGCAAACACCAAACAAACCAUUCACAAUGUAAAGCAGCAGCUGAUGGAAACUGAGCGUCUAUUACAAAAUGGAACUACUCAUGUGACAGGCAAAGAGAACAUUAAAUAAAUGUUAUAUAUUACUAUAACUUCUAUUUAAUCAAUCUAAUGUUAUAUUUAAAAAGGUCCAAUAUAA